UCAUAAACCCCAAUUGGUACCACAUAUUAGUCCCUGCAUUGUGGUUGUACUUACAAGAAUCCUCCUCACCCCCAACCACCACCACCACCACCAUGGCCGGCGGAGAAUCCACCGCCGUCGCGACUAAGAUCCCACUCCAGCUAGUUCACGACGUCAGUCGAAUUUCCAGUGCCGGAUUUUCUGGUUUGUUCAAGAAAGACUGUACUGAUUUGGGCAGAAGAUUGUCUCCUUUGGCUCAUUUGCUUGAGGAAAUCAGGGAUUCAAACAACAUCCUUUUGGUUUCUUCAUCUUCUUCCCACAAUUCUUGCCUUUAUGAUCUCUCUUUAGCUCUCAAGGCUUCAAAAAGAUUGCUUUUAGCUGCUAAUGACUUUGAUCCCAAGAUCUCAUCUGACGCGGCAAGGAAGAAGAUCGUUUUUCAAUUUCAAUGUGUGAUAUGGAAAUUGGAGAAAUCCCUGGGCAGCUUACCAUAUGACCAGCUCGAUAUAUCAGAAGAAGUGCAAGAGCAGGUUGAAUUGAUCAGAACACAAUUGAAACGAGCCAAAGAGAGGUAUGGUGGACCUGUGACUUCAAAUUUGUUAUCUCGAGCAUUGUCCCAACCAUUAGAUAAGGAGAUUGAUCCGCUUCACUCGGCUAGUACGGGAGUUGGAAGUUUACAUGUAGAGAAUAUUGGCAUUAUUGAUCACGAAGUUAGGCCAAAACUUGGAGGUGUUCCUUUGGGCAGUGGUCCAAAUGGCAAUGAUUGCAGUCAGAUAGUUCAGGAACCAGAAAAUCUAAGGAAUUCAACCAAAUUGUCUGAGGUUGCUUUCCCAAAUAUUCCCGGUUCGGCCAGCGAAGAUGACUCACCCAGAAAGAAUCUCGUGGAGAGUAAGAAGACAAAUUCUCCUAUAAUUCCUGAAGAGUAUCUCUGCCCUAUAUCCCUUGAACUCAUGAGGGAUCCUGUAAUUGUGGCCACAGGACAGACUUAUGAGAGAUCUUUCAUACAAAGAUGGAUAGACGGAGGCAACACAAGAUGCCCAAAAACUCAGCAGAUGCUCCAAGAUCUUACGCUGACACCAAAUAUUGCUUUGCGAAGUCUCAUUUCUGAUUGGUGUGCAAAGAACAAUAUGGAGCAACCAACUGCAUUAGCAUAUGCGAGAAUAAAGAGAAGUGAUGGAUCAUUUCGUGAUGUUAGUGGGGAUAUAGCAGCUAUUGAUGCAAUUGUACGCAAGCUUUCAAGCAGGUCCACCGAGGAUCGGAGGGCUGCAGUAGCGGAGAUACGGUCGCUAUCCAAAAGAAGCACAGAUAACAGAAUUUUGCUUGCUGAAGCUGGUGCAAUCCCCAUGUUGGUUAACUUGUUGACAUCUGAAGACAGUCAAAUUCAAGAUAAUGCCGUCACUUCUAUUCUUAACCUCUCUAUAUUUGAUAGCAACAAGGGGAUUAUAAUGCUUGCCGGUGCUGUUCCUUCUAUCGUUCAAGUUCUCAGAGCUGGAAGCAUGGAAGCAAAAGAGAAUGCAGCAGCAACCAUCUUUAGUUUGUCACUUGGAGAUGAGAAUAAAAUAAUAAUAGGUGCAUCGGGAGCCAUACCAGCUCUGGUCGAAUUGCUUCGGACUGGAAGCACUAGAGGGAAGAAAGAUGCUGCAACAGCAUUGUUUAACUUAUGCAUAUAUCAAGGAAACAAGGGUAGGGCGGUACGGGCAGGGAUUAUACCAGCAUUGUUAACGAUGCUGACAGAUUCAAGCAAUUGCAUGGUUGAUGAAGCUUUGACCAUUCUUUCCGUUCUUGCCAGCCACCAAGAAGCCAAGGCUGCCAUAGCAAAAGUGAGCACAAUCCCUGUGUUGAUAGAUCUACUAAGGACAGGUCUACCUCGUAAUAAAGAGAAUGCAGCUGCUAUCUUACUCUCCUUGUGCAAGAGAGAUCCUGAGAAUUUAUCUUGCCUUCGUAGGCUCGGUGCACUUAUACCUCUUUCGGAGCUUGCUAAUAGUGGCACCGAGAGGGCAAAGAGGAAGGCUACUUCAUUGUUGGAGCACCUUAGAAAAUCUCAGCAGCCUUGACUGGUGUUCUAUCAGUGAAAGAUUUAUUAAUUGCUUCCUUCAUUCUUAUCUGACCGGUGAAUAUUACACGAUUCUAUUUAGAGAGUGAUAAAAUCUAAGAAAGGGAGCUUGAGAAAAUAAGUCAAUUCUCAUUGCUCCGUGAUUCAGUGUAUCUAUUUAAUCUGUUUUUGAGUGAGCCACUGAUUCGUUUGACCUGUAUCUUUUCAUUAUUUGUUACUAAUUGAUCAAUUUCUGUUUUGUCACAUUAUAUGGUUCGACGAAAAUUUAUCAACUCUGUAUAAAAUGAGACAUUUUGAUA